AUGAGCGGCCUGGAAAAUAUCAUCGAGGAGAAGCUUGGCCGCUGGCGGCAGCAGGGCGAGGCGGCCGAGUACUACGCGCUCCGCAACCGCGGGCCUUACAAGCCGACGGUGUCUCACGAGCUCAACCGCUUCGGCGGGCAGAUGGGGCCGUAUGUGGAUGCGCUGCUGGACCUGCAAACGGUGGAGUACAUCAACGCGUCUCCCAUUGACAACCUCGGCGAGGAGGCGCCCGCCUUCAUAGCGACGAUGUGCCCAAAGCGCUCGACGUUCGAGCACUUUUGGAUGAUGGUGUGGGAGACGGGAGCGCGAGUCAUCGUCAACCUGACGCACGAGCGCGACAAGGUGGGCUCGGCGCCGGCGGACAAGCGCGAGCGCUACUGGCCGCCCUUCGACGAGGUGAUGGAGCGCGAGUCGCGCGGGUGGGCGGUGCAGGUGCGCACGCUCGGCCACGAGAGCUGCGAGUCGGUGGCGGGGCUGCUGCGGUACGCCGUCGAGCUGCGUGGCUCCGCCUCUGGCGGGCCGCCGCCGUCCCGCGGCGAGCGCACGCGCGUGGUGGUGCUCUACUGGUACUCGCGCUGGCGCGUGACCCUCCCCGCUGCCGCCGCGCGCGCCGCGCGCUCCGCGCUCCCACUGGCGCACCGGCACCGGAACCGGCUCGACUUUCCCGCCUCGUCGUCGAUUGGCACCCGCCCCUUCUAUGCCAACGCGGAGAAUGUGCUGCACCUGGCGGUGCACCUGCAGCAGCUGCUCGCGCGCGGCGAGCCCCACUGGUGCGUCUGCCACUGCUCGGCCGGCGUCGGGAGGACGGGCACGCUCAUCGCGCUCCUCCGAGUCCUGCAGCGGCUGCCGGCGUUGCAGAGCGAGGCGCAGCUCGACGGCUUCGUGCGCACGACCAUCGAGCGGAUGCGCGAGAGGCGUCUCUGGAUGGUCAAGACGGACGUGGAGUACGCGCUGCUCUACGCCGCCACACUGCUCUGGCUCCGCCGCUCCCGCGACAAGGAGUUUGAGCUGAGUUGGCAAGGCGACGGCGGCGACGACUGGGGCGCGACCGCCUUGGCGAUCAGCGAGGCGUUGGGGCCGGCAGCCUCCCAUCUCCAGGAGGUGCGGGAGAGUGGGCGGAAACGGGGCUCCUCCGCGACUGGUCCCCACGAGGGCUCCGGGGAGGAGAGUGGUGGCGAUAACGCGAUUGACAAUGCGAGGGACGUGCAGAGAUACCGGGAUGCAUCACUGCCUGCGCCCUGA